AAUUAUUGAUUAAUUAUGGGUACGAAUCCUACUGUUGCCAUGUUGGCAUUGGCAUUGACAUUUUGUUCCCUUUGUCCUUUUUUUGCAAUUUGCGAAGAAAAGGACCUUGGAGAUUUGAGAAAAGGCAUAGAAAGUUUGUCGAAUAUCAUGGUGAAAUAUCAGGCCGAGUUCGACCGGAAGGUGAAGUUUGUGAAGCUGCAGGAGGCCAUCGAUGAGAUCGAUAAAGCCAUGCUGGGGUACCAGGGAAACGCCAAGGACAAGCUGCCCCAGAUUCGCUCUUUGAACUCCGACGCCCGACUCACCUACGAGAACUGUGUGGCUCCUGUCUUCGAGUGGUGCAUCUCCAUCAACAGCACCUUCGACAUCUUCAUCCCCUACAUCGGCGCCAGCCAGCUCUCGGCCCACGAUAAGAAUGUGAUCUGGAACAUGACGGUGAAUGCCCUGGAUUCGGGCCUCGAAAAAACCACCAAAUCUCUGGAGCUCCUCACCAAUGUACAAUACAAAACCGCUGAGCUCAAGAAUCUGUUUAAAGCUAUUUUGCACGACGUCCACAAUGAUUUCGGUCCAGAUGGCUUCUACGGCAAGGAGAAGGCCGAAUUGCAGGAGAGGAUCAACGACAACGAGGUGGCACGGAAGGCAGGAAUUUCGGCAUUUGUUGGCUUCUUGUUUGGAGUGAUCGGUUUUGUGAUUUUUGGACCGAUUGGUGCUGCUGUGGGCUUCGCAGCCACCUUUGCACUCACCUAUGGUAUCCAGGAGUUGGCCCAUUGGCAACAAAAGAAAACCUACCAGGAGCGUAUUGAGGCUAUUGACAACUUCUUCACGGUCCUGACGAAGAAGAUUGAGGAGGCCACCGAGAUAGUGAAGGAUAUCGAGAGUGCCCUGGAGGAGGACAAAACCAAUCUGCACAAGCUACGAGGAGUAAUAGAAGGGGCCAAUACUAAUAAAAAAUUAUUGUUGAUGGAUGCCGUUUUCCUGCGAGCCAGCUUUAUUCCAGACAUCAGGAAACUGAAGGAUCAGUGCACCAGCUACGUGAACUGGCACGGAUACGAUGCUCCCUUUUAUGAGAAGAUCAAGUCCAGGACUCGACGAGCAGCCUCCUCAUUCUGCCGAGUCCAACGUUCAAAUGCUAAAGACAUGUUGGCAGAGUCAGGGUCUUCGAAUUCCACACAAUUGCAGGAUCUGGGUCACAUCAUCGACCAAAUGGAUUGUGGUGGCCAUGUUCAUAAGCUAGAUAUCUAUACGAUUUUAGAGAACAAAUUUUAGUUAAUAUCAAGA